AUGCUGCCAUCGACAAGAGCUGGACAGACGGGAAGGGGCGAUGAUGAUCAAGCAACCACAAGCAAUGGACAGGAGGAAGGAUGGCUCAUGCAGGUAGUCAGGAUCCUCCAGCUGGCGAACCCAGCACUAACAGCCGAGGAAGCAAUUGUGCGAGCUAUGGGCCUCAUCAGCAUUAGCAACCAGACCCCGUGCAGGGAGACCGAGAAGAUCCCCAAGGAGGUGUCGAGUGCCAUUGCGCACAUCAAAAAGCUCAGCAACAGCAACUGGCACACUUGGGAACCUACCUUCAUCGACUGCCUCCAAAGAGUACAUAAUGCGAAGGAGAUACUGUAUGGCAUGGUGGUGCCUGGAAACGAGGAAUAUGACGAAGACUUGGAUAAAGCCCUCGUGGGUCUCAUCCACGCCUGCUGCGACAACAGUCCAGACAGCCAUAUCAACACCUACACCGUCAGGGGAGCGGAUGAAGAAGUCCAGCUCGGCAGCACACUCUAUGCCAAACUCAAGAAGGCACUAACACUGAACGAUGCUGUAAAGCGAGCAGGACUGCAGGAUCAUAUUCACACAGUGCACUUGCACAAUCGAGACGUUGUCAGGCUAGGCAAGGAACUCGAUUCGAUCUGGAACAAUGCGGCAUGCCUGGGAAAGCAUUUCGAUGAGGACCUCAAGAAAUCAACUCUCUAUCGCUGCACGGCCCAAGAUUGGUUCUAUGCCAACGCUGUCGACGCACUGAAGACGGCCAGACCAGACUGUAAGUAUGACAAAGCCUACCACACACUCGCCAAGAAACAGCAGGAUGGUGAGGUCACUGGCUGUAUUAGAGGAGCAGCAAGGGUUGCCACAAGCACGGAACAGGGGAGCACCAACCAGGCGGAGCAAGGACCCAGGGGCAGGCGCGAUCCUCGCAACCCCUCGGUCCCCCCAAAGUGCUACGCUUGUGGAGGACCUAAUCACAUUGCUUGGAACUGCACGAACACCAACAAUAACCCCGCACCGAGUAGGGACGGACCCACCACCAAUCCAGCACAAGAAGCGAGUCGGGAUGAGCAACCAACAUUGGACACCUGGAUCGUCGAUUCGGGUGCGAUGCACCACAUGGUGAACGAUGAAAGAAUGCUGCUCACCUCGACGCGCAAGGACGGUCAGAUCUGUACGGCUGGAAAUGAAAGGCUUCAAGUGAAGGCCAUAGGAGACGCCUCCCUUCGGGUUGGCGAUGUAACCAUUCAGCUAUUGGAUGUGCUCUACGUGCCGAAACUUAAUUCUAAUUUAUUAUCAGUACAAGGCUUGAUCGAGAAUGGUGCAUGGGUAACUUUCGAUGAGUUUGGAACCAUCAUUAAGCAAAAUGACGGCACACAAAUACAAUACAAGAGGAACAGAAGAAAAGGGCAGUUCGAAGUACAGGGAAAGGCACUAGCCCUGGAGUUGGAAGAGACACUCGACGACGUCCCAGAGGGCAACCAGAACACAGGAAAACUAGAUAAUGCCCCAGAGGGCAAUAAGGACACGAAGCAUCAAGACAGCUACCUAUGGCAUGAGAGGUUCGGACACCCAGGACGAGACAAAACGAGACAAAUCCGGGCUCAUUACCUAGGUACCGAUGAGGAAAUGGAACAUGAGUCGAAGCACUGUAACGCGUGCAGCCAAGGAAAACAGACUCGAGCAUGGAUGGGCCAAUCAGAGUCAGAAAGAAUGGAGGCACCAUUAGAGCUGGUACAUGUAGACCUGAUGACAGAUUUCAAAGGACAUGCCAACUACCACUAUGCACUAGUUGCUGUGGACGACUUCUCCUCUCUGAUCUACAUGGAACCACUCUGCACAAAGAGUGCCGCACUCAUGGCGCUGAGGAGGUGGAUAGCCAGGAUGGAAUGGGCAACGGACAGGAAACUCAAAACACUCCGCAGCUACAAUGGAGGAGAAUGGUGCAGCAUAGCAGCCGAAGACUGGCAAACUCAAGAGGGUUUCAAGUGGCAAAAGAGCGUCCUGGGGAUCAGCAUCCAAAAUGGAUGGGCGGAGAGAGCAAUCAGGUUGGUCCAAGAAAAGAUGCGCUUGAUGCUGAUUGGUCGAGCUUGCCCCAGAGAGUUGUGGCCAUAUGCAAUCACAGCAGCAGCACACGUGAUGAACCUUACCCCGUCAGCCACCAAAACCAUCCCCCAUGAGGCCUUUUAUGGAACCACUGUGCACAAGCUGGCCCAGCAGCUGCGAGUCUUUGGAUGCUUGGCAUGGGUUCAUGUUCAACAGAAGGACCAGCAAGGCAAGUAUGGGGCUAGAGCAAAGCCAGCCAUCAUGAUUGGGUAUGACGACGAACACAAAGCAUGGAAGUUUUGCAACCCGGACCAGCCUGCGUCAAUUCAAUGGAGCAACUCAGCAACGUUCCAUGAGGACAAAGGAUGGAGUGAUCGCCAACAAGAGGCAGUCAGGCCCAUGGUGACCACGGAGGUCGAGGAGGAGGGUGUCACGCCAGCCAUAGUGGAGGAGGAGACCAAAUCAGAGGCCGCAGUGGAGGAUCUCCUACCAGCCAUAGACAGCACAGUAGGCGCUGCCAACACAGCAAUACUGAACCUGGACCCAACACUUGGGGAAGCAAUGAAUGGUGAGGAUGCCCAGCUCUGGAAGGAGGCAAUACGAAAGGAGCUAGAAGGACUCGAGGCAAUGGGGACUUGGGAGGUGGUGCACCAACCGCCAGGAGUACCACUUGUGGACUCUAAGGUUGUGCUUUGGCUGAAGCUUGACGCUGAUGGUGUACCUGUUAAGCACAAGGCACGACUGGUUGCAAGGGGCUUCACACAGAGAGAGGGGAUCGACUACCAAGAAACCUUCUCUCCAGUAGCACCCCUCAGAGUGAUCAGAGCCAUCUUAGCACUAGCGGUGCAGAACAACUGGGAGGUACAUGCUCUGGACAUCACUAUGGCUUACUUGAACUCCAUGUUAAAGGAAGCAAUCUACAUGAAGCCACCAGAAGGAUCAGGAGUAGCACCCGGCAAGGUGUACAAGGUAGUCAAGGGUCUAUAUGGCCUAAAGCAGUCUGGGCGAGAAUGGAAUCAGGAGUUUGACAGGUCUUUGCGAUGCAUGGGAUUCUUCCAGGUAGAGUGUGCUCCCUGCAUCUACACCAAGGGACAGGGUGAAGAUAUGGCCAUUGUGGUCAUCUACGUCGAUGAUACAUUAGUCAUAGCACCACGGCUGGAAACGGUCCUAAAGGUUAAGAAGCAGAUUGGUCAGAGAUGGAAGAUGGAAGAUAGCAGUGAGGUCUCUCACUUCCUGGGCAUCAAAAUCAGUCGAGACUGUGUGAUGCGCACCAUGACGAUUGGUCAGUCAGGGUACAUUGACCAAGUGCUGGCAAAGCACCUGGACAAACAUAUGAAGCCAACCAUGGUUCCAAUGCAGAGCAUACCAGAGGGAACCCUUAUCGCAAGCGCAGCACAACAGAAGGAGUAUCCGGUGAUUGUUGGCAAGCUGCUCUGGGUUGCCAACAGCACCUGGCCUGACCUUAGCCUUACCGUGGGUGUUCUCGCUAGGCACAUGCGUGAACCAUCACAGGAGCAUUAUCAGGCAGCACAAAGGGUCUUAUGCUACCUCAAAAGCACAAGGCAGGUUGGAUUGGUUUAUAGGGCAAGUGAGUCGCAAGAGCCACUGGUUGCGCACAGCGAUGCAAACUGGGUGAGCGAUGCCACCAUACAGAGAAGGAGUACAUCAGGGUCAGUGGCGUUAGUGUACAGGAAUCCAGUAGCCUGGAAGUCAGCAACACAAAAAUGCAUGUCAUUGUCCACUGUCGAGGCAGAGUUCAUUGCAGCCAUGGAAGCAACAUGUGAGGUGCUCUUCCUCAAGCAGCUGCUACACUCAAUUGGCAUUGCCACAGGCACACUGACGGUCUACUCGGACAACACUGGUUGCAUACAGGUUAGUAAGGACCCAGCACAGCACUGGAAGCUUAAGCACAUCGACACCAAGUAUCACUUUGUCCAUAACAAUGUCCAAGAGGGAAGGGUGCAGAUCAAGUACGUAGACACCACAAGAAACUUGGCAGACGUACUCACAAAGCCCAUUGGGAGACAGGCAAUGCAGCAAGCAAGAUCUGGGCUACACCUGCAAAUACCGGCAGCAGUGUACGAAACAGGGUCCCCAAGCUAUGCGACAGUGUUGAAGAACAGAGGUCACACCUUGAAACAACAGCAUAAUGAACAGGGUACAUAUACUGUUGAGGGGGGGAGUUGA